AUGGAUGCGCCUCAAUGCAGGUUCCACAGAAAGUUUCGGAAGUUCCUGCAUGAGAAGCCCAUCGCGGCGGACUUCAAGUGCCCUCUCGGAGGGCUUCCUAUGACCGACCCAGUUGUGGCAGAGGACGGAUACAGUUACGAGCGCUCGGCCAUCACCGCAUGGCUGCAGGACCAGGCGAUUUCACCUCGGACUCGGAUGCCCAUGUCUUCCAGGUUGGAAGACAACGGUGAUCUCAAAAAGGCGAUUGGCGAGCUGAAGAUGCUCUUGGAGAAUCCACCUGCCAAGGAGGUAACGAUCACAUGGAAUGCCCCCGGACCAGAGAGAAUCCCACGGUCCUUGGUCAUUUCUCCCAGCGAUGCCUCGGACUCCUCGGAUUGGGAGGUCUUGUCCGAGCGCCAGACUGACGACGCGAAGCUCCGGGCAGAGCAGACGGACAUGUCCUACAUCCUGAGCAAAAUCUUCCGCGUCUUGGAUCCACUUCGCCAGCUUCUCCUAGACGUCUUGGACGGUUGGACGCCGCAAAGCAUGGUCGUGAUUGGCGACGAGAGCGCGGGCAAGAGCACUGUGCUGGAGAUGCUGGCCAUGCUUUCCAUCUUCCCAAGGAAGCGACGCUUCUGCACGCGCUUGGCCACGCAUCUCCGCCUGCGCCGGAAUCCGGACCUCUGCCGAACCACGUUGUCGGUGUGCACCGUGACAUCGCAGGGCGAAAGGCGGGAAGGGAAGGCAAUGGUAGUGCCCAAGGAGAACGGCGAUAGGUGGGUGCAGGAACAGAUGGAUCGCCUCGUUUUAGAGCUGUCGGACGGUCAAGAAGGCUCCGGUGGCAUCGUUACAGAGAAGAUCAUCGUGGUGGAAGUUCAACAUCCCGAGGUUCCGAGCAUCGACUUAGUAGACCUGCCGGGGAUCACCUCCGUACCCAAGGAGAAAGCCGAGGCCGUGCAGCAGAUCAUGCAGAAGCAGAUUCGCGAUGAUAAGAAGAGUGGCAACAACCACAUGUUCCUAGCAGUCGUGCCAGCUUCUGGAGAUGUGAAGCCCAACACGAACAAUGCCAUGAAGUUCAUUAUGGAGAACCAGCUCGAGGACCGGACGGUUGGGGUCUUCUCCAAGUGCGACCAGACCAGCAAAAAUGGCUCCGAUGUCCUUCGUGCCCUUGUGCUCAAUGAGCCCACGAAAGAAGGUGAAUCUCCGGAGAGCCUGGGCCGGAUCCACUUGCAGACCUGGGUCGCGAGCAUGCUCGAGCCACCGAAGGAGUACAAAAGCAACUUCGAGAGGCUGGAGCUCCAAGGAAAGAACGAGAUCAAGUUCUUUCAGGAGGAGGAUGAGAACUUCCGGGAGCUGUAUCAGCGCGGACAUGCCGGCAUGCGAGCCCUCAUCGCCAACAUCGAGCGUUCAUAUCUGAAUCACUUGAACACGACCUGGAAGCCGAAUGCCAUGCGCAAGGUCUUGCUAAAGGAGAAAGACGUCGCCUUCCAGCUUUGCAUGCUCGGACUCGUGGAGGACGCAACGGCUCGCUCCAGCUUGGCAAAGGAGGAGGUUGAACGGCGUUUGGGAGUGACCUCGCCGGUCACCAAGCACGUUUAUGAGAACUUUCUCCUUCGCGCCUUGCGGGUGGAUCUCGCCAUCGCAGUCCGACAGCGACUGUCGCGGUACGACGGGAGUGGCUUUAUCUGCGACGGCUGCGAGCAGAUGGAGGAGAUGGCUUCUUUGCAGAAGGAGCUCUUGAGCCUCAUCCAAGGGGCUGUCGACGAGAUGCAGUCGGGGUUGGUGGCGCCGCUGCAGAGCUGGCUGUCCGCCAAGAGUGAAGUCGUGCAGAUCGAAGACACCGACCUGGUGAAUGUCCGCACCGCAAGCAGCGAUGGCUUCAGCCUGAUGCGCUUUGAGAAGGAUUUGUCCAAGAAGGAAUUGGUGCAGCAGCUUCACGCAGAGCCCCUCCUUCAGCUUUGCAACUACAGCAGUUAUGUGGACGAGAUCAUGGCCAAGUGCCAGCAGAUGCACGCGGAUGCCGGCCUCCGGAUCCGCGCGAAGGCGGCCCAGUUGGUGGCGAAGUUUGUGGACUUAGACGGAGGUGACCAUCGAAUGGAGGUCCACCCGCUUCUCCUGCACUCGGACCAUGAGGUGAGCAAGGUCGAGCUGCGCUGCAACGUGGAUGAGUUUCUCAGAGACCUGCUGGGACUUUUCCUUCGGGAGAUUCCAUCGCCGAAGAAGUUGCAGAGGCUCCACGAGGGUGUCGAAGUGGGUAAGGAGCGGUCGGAGGCCGAGCAGGAGUUGGGACGCUUGAAGGAGGAGAUGCGCAAGACAGAAGUGGCCAGGGAUGGCAUCCGACGCGCCUUGGACAUCGACGACGAGGAGUUCGAGCAGAUGCGUCAGAAACUGGAGGCGGAAGCCGACUCAGCAGAUUGCUGCCUCUCCCGGGAAGGAACGACAGCUUUGUCGUGGCCUACCUCAACAUCCUCAGCCAGUUCGGGGAGUCGGUCAUUGCCGGGCGAGGAAGCCACUAGCAGCCCGACCCUUCAGCCGGCUGCCCAUGUGGUGUCGGAUGCAUCUACGGCGCUGCCAUCGCCCAUUGCUCCGGCUCUGGUCACCUCUGCCCCAGAGGAGGCUGCCACGAGCACAAAUCUCGAGGCGGCCUUGAAAGUUGUGCCAGACGCGGCCACAACCCACGCCAUCCCUGCCUCCGAGGCCAACGUGACUGCUCAGCUGCCGGACGUGAAGACGGGCCCGCCUCCGCCGUCUUCGCAGCAGACCGAUCAGGCAGAGGCUGGAACUUCUGCAGAGAUUGGCGGCCAAGUGUAUCUCCUUGGGCCGGCAGAGUGUCCCGACCGUCGCUGGAUGCUGUUGGCAGACGCGGAGGAAGCGAUUCCAGAUGCAGAUGCAACCGCAGCGUCGCCAUCGCAGCCUGUGUCGCCAGUGGUGGGCAAGCUGGUCCCCGAGGCUCCUCUCACAGCGUCGGAGCCGGCGGACGUCCCUGCCCCGAAGGUGAAGCAUGGGGAUUCUUCCAGCUCUAAAGCAGGUGAUCGCGUGAAGUUUGCGAGAGACUCCGACCAUGUUGCAGAUUGGUCGGGCAUGCCGGGAACUCCUUUGGCCUUCAGCGAGGGACAGGUGGAAACGAUCCACGAAGUGCGAGGGGACUGGUUUUGCACCACGAAAUGGCAGACGCUUUGGGCUCCCUUGAGCGCUGUGGAGUACGUGGAGGACUUCCCACCUGGGCAAGAAGUGGUGGUGGUUGGUCACCAGAAGUUCCCUGAGCACAACGGCAAACAUGGCAAAGUACUGGACCAGGCCGCCACAGAGGGCCACUAUCGUGUGGAGAUUGACGGAGGCAGUCGCACGAUCAAUGUGAAGAAGGAGAACAUGCAGAAAGCAGGAAUAUCGGUCGACUCGAUGUAG